GCACAACAUUUUUCCACCUUGACCUGACACCUCCUCAACACUAAACCUACAUAUAAAUCAGCGUCUGCAUCAUGUCUGACGUCGCCAAACCUGACCCCGCCGCUGACCAGGCCGCCAACCCUGCCGCGACGCUCGUCAAGGACGAGACCGCGAAGGUCACCACCGACAUCGCCGCAAACAAGUCGGAGACCACUGAGACCAAGGAUGACAAGCCAAUCACGGAGAAGGCGACCGAGGCUGCUUCAUCUGCUGCCGCUGCCGUCAAGGACAACGUCUUCUCCAUGUUCGGUGGCGGCCCCGCAAAGGUGAAGAAGGAGGAGGUCGACGAUGCCGAUGAGCCGUCGGGUGCCACCAAGAAGCCUGAGACGGAGGAGAACCCCGAGAACGAGGAGCCCGACGUCGACUUCCAGCCCGUAGUCCACCUCACCGAGAAGGUUGACACCAAGACCAACGAAGAGCUCGAGGAGCAAGUCUUCAAGAUGCGCGCGAAGCUUUUCAAGUUCGACCGGGAAUCACGGGAGUGGAAGGAGAGGGGCACUGGUGACGUCCGGUUACUCAAGCACAAGGAGAACGGCAAGACUCGUCUCGUCAUGCGACGUGACAAGACCCUCAAGGUCUGCGCCAACCACUACGUCGUUCCCGACAUGAAGCUGUCACCCAACGUUGGCAGCGACCGCAGCUGGGUCUGGAAUGCCGCUGCCGACGUCAGCGAGGGCGAGCCCGAGGCCCAGACCCUGGCUAUCCGUUUCGCCAACAGCGAGAACGCAAACGGCUUCAAGGAGGCCUUCAUCAAGGCCCAGCAAGAGAACGAGGCGCUGUUCGGAAAGGGCGAGCAGUAGGCGAUUGCGCCAGAUGCUUGGGAUUGGGAGGAACACGGAGGAAGGAAAAGCAUGCACGCAUGAUAGCGUUGACAUUCUGGGUUGGUAUCAUAACACGAUGAACGAUAGAAGACCCUCAUACCCUGCACAUACUAGAUAGAAACCAAACAAGCCUGGCUUGCAGCCAACGGCAUUCCCCAUUC